UUUCCUCUGAGCGGAAGGUUGGAUGCUGUCAGGAUGAGCUGAGGGUGAUGCUCCGGUACAGAACAGCGCGCUGUAAUUUGGCACACAGGGGGAUGCACCAGUUUAACCCUCGCCUCUGCCCUCCGGACUCGCCCAUCCAGCGCUCAGCCUAAAAGAUAAGUUGUAGAAAGGGAUGCGAGCUCAUUCCGCGCUAUACUCCCACGGAUCUCCCUCUCUCCGCGGGUUCUCUUCAACUUGGCCGGCCCAUUUGCACUCAUGCUCGCAGCGCAGGAGCACGUAAGGUACGGGCCAUCUACCGCCCUCACUUUGCACAUCGGAGGAGUGCGUUUAGCGGCGUGAUUCCGGUCGCUUCCGUCUCUCUGAGUGCCAGCAAGACUCCCAAGUCCCAACUACUUUUCGAGAUGUGAGAUUCGCUGGCGUUCCCCCACUCUCUCUCUUUCUCUCUUACCUGUCCUAUGCUAGCCACAACGGGAUUGCAAGAGGAAAAUGGUUGUGGCAUAAAGUAUUUGUGGAGACGCCUGUCACAGAGAAGACCGCUGCUGGAGUGGAUGGUGAUUUCCGACACACUUCAAGCCUAUGUCUACUGCAUUCAUUUGCUGGAAACGCUGCCUAGUAGUGUCUUCAAGAACAGCGCAAGAGGAAUGCUGGUCCAAGAUCUAAUGCCAUUUACUUUAAGUUUUUGGCCUUUUUUCUUCGGUCAUUGCCUCCUCUCACUGCUUUUACUCUCAUGCCAGGGAGAACUCCAGAGGUCAUGCUCACAGACUGUGGCGGAGAAAGUUAGUGACCAGUGCCAGCUGGCAUGCCAAUGUAGAAGAUAUCCUCCUCUCCCUCCACCUCCGCCUCCUCCUCCCCCGCCGCGGCUAUUGGCCCCCCCAGUGGUGGAGCCCAUGGUGCCCUUAGUCCGGCCCUGGUGGUUAGAGAUGGACUUUAUAGUGCUGGGAACGGUGGGCUGUGCCUCACUGCUCUUCCUCCUGUCAGCCGUCAUCAUCUGCUACAAGGCCAUCAAGAGAAAACCACUUCGAAUAGAAGAGAACGGCACAAGUCGAGGGGAGUACGCCAUGAGCAUCCGCAACAUGAAGGCCAUGAGCCCCAACAACACUGUGGUAUAAACUGACCCACCACCCCCACUCCCCCUCACACAGGCCUGCCUCAGUCCUGCCUCAGCCCCCUCACCAGGGCUCCACCCUCUCCUCUCUGCUUGGCAUGUUGCCCAGAAACGACAGCAUUCAGCAUUAAGGGAAGCUGCGGCAGACGGCAGGAGAAAUCAAGUGAAUGAAAGAAAGAUGGUGGAGUAUGUGGAGAGGCCCAGCAGGCUGCACAUUAUGCUCUCAGUAAGAGCGCGUGGAGCUGACAGCCUGGUUGGCUGCUGACUGGAGAGGACUGUCUGCCAGUCUGCUGCAGAUCCAGGCCUGGUGAUAUGUGCAGCCCAUAGACCACAGUGCAGUCCCCUGGGCCUCAGGACAGACAAACAACAAAACAUGCAUGCACUUUGACACACAAUGCAACCUUUUCUAGAGCCUCCACCUUCUGUUCUCCAUCUGACAGCUCUGCUCCUUCACACGGACUCAUUGGACUAUGCAAUCUAAAGUGGAAUCAAGAGGAGCGAGCGUGCUUAUGUGCAUGGCCUGGACUCCAUGAGGACUCUGUGUAAUAUACUCCAGUCAGUCAUGCUUUUCUUUACGUAUCCACCUUUAUUUUUGUACUGUCUUGUACAUUCUCCACACUUGAAAAGAACUUGGUGAGGUUAUUUUAUCACUGGAUCUCUAUGUUUUUUAAGUGAGUCAUUUCUACAGUGUAGUCCAUGUGUGAUAUACGCUUUAAGGCUGCAGACGCGGUCUCCUGUCCCUGUGUGUGUGAAUGGUCAUCUCCAGCUGUGUGCUCCAUCGCGUUGUUUGUUGUCUUGAGGUCAGCUAGAUGCCUUCAGCCAUCUUUUGUUUGGAUGUGACAAUCUUUCUUUUCUGUGUCACAAGGGCUUAGCCCAUCGCUAUAGAAACAGGGGACAUGAGCCAGGGCUUGACCUUGUGAGUUUGAUCCAAUAGUCGGAGCUCAGGUUACUGUGAGCGAGGCCCCGGCGGGCUGUCACCGGCCUGUCCCACAGAGCCACCAGACUGCUGUGUGUGAUCUGUCUCCCUUCCUCUCUCUGUCUCUCCUGUCUCUCUUUAUUCUCUCUCUCCCUUUAUUGGUCUCCCUCCUUCUCUCUCUACCUAUCUCUCUCUCACUCUCUCUGUCUGUCUGUCUCUCUCUACCUCUAUCUGUCUCCCUGCCUCUCUCUCUCCUCCCAUCUCUGUCCUCUUUGACUUUCUCUCUUACUCUCUCCUCCUGUCUCUGUCCUCCUUGUCUCUCUCUCUCCUCCCACCUCUGUCCUCCUUGUCUGUCUCUCCUCCUGUUCCUCUCCUCCCGUGAGUCUGUCUGUCCUGUUGUCUGUGGGUGCAUGCUGAGGAGUGGGGUAACUCUGGCUGUGAGUAGAGGUUUAGUCUAAAUAAGUGACGUCGUGCUUGCAUUGAAACAUGCACAGGUCUUAGCCACAGUACACCCGCCCUGAGAGAGAGAGAAAAUGGA